AUGAGGUCGAAAGACUUGGUGUUUAUCAUCUUAUUGAUCAUCUCAGGAGAACUCUAUGCAGAAGAGAAAUCCUGUGGUCUUCCUAGUGUGGAAAAUGGAAGGAUUGCCCAAUAUUACUAUACUUUUAAAAAUUAUUACUUUCCAAUGAGCAUAGACAAAAAAUUGUCAUUCUACUGCUUGGCUGGUUAUACAACUAAAAAUGGAAAACAAGAGGAACAAAGCACGUGCACUUCAGAAGGCUGGUCACCAGGACCACGGUGCUUCAAAAAAUGCACUAGGCCCGACCUGCGAAAUGGUUACAUCUCUGAUGUAAAAUUAUCAUACAAAAUUCAAGAAAGCAUGAGGUAUGGAUGUACUUCAGGAUACAAAACCACUGGAGGGAAGGAGGAAGAAGUGGUUCAGUGUCUCACUGAUGGAUGGUCUUCUCAACCAACCUGUAGGAAGGAACAUGAAACAUGUUUGGCUCCUGAAUUAUAUCAUGGAAACUAUUCCACAGCACAGAAAACAUUCAAAGUGCAGGACAAAGUGCAAUACGAAUGUGCUCCUGGCUACUACACCGCAGGAGGACAGAAGACGGAGGAGGCAGAAUGUCACACAUACGGAUGGUCUCUCACGCCAAAAUGUGCCAAAUUAAAGUGCUCUUCUUUAAGAUUAAUAGAAAAUGGUUAUUUUCAUCCUAUAAAGCAAACCUAUGAAGAAGGAGAUGUAGUUCAGUUUUUCUGUCAUGAAAACUAUCAUCUAAGUGGAUCUGAUUUAAUUCAGUGCUAUAACUUUGGUUGGUACCCAGAAUCUCCUGUAUGUGAAGGAAGAAGAAAUCGAUGUCCUCCUCCACCUCUGCCUCUAAACUCCAAAAUUCAAACAUAUUCAACAACUUAUCGUCACGGAGAUACAGUUCAUAUAGAAUGUGAACUUAAUUUUGAGAUACAGGGAUCAGAAGAAAUACGUUGUGAAAAUGGAAAGUGGACACAACCUCCAAAAUGCGUUGAAGAAAAAGAGAAGAUAGCUUGUGAGGAACCACCCAUCGUUGAGAAUGGUGCAGCAAAUCUAUCCUCUAAGAUUUAUUAUAAUGGAGAUAAAGUGACCUACGGAUGUGAAAGUGGCUACCAUCUCCGUGGACCAAAAGAAAUAACCUGUAAACGUGGAAAAUGGACACUUGCCCCUGAGUGUGUUGCAAAUAAAGAGAACUGUAAGCCUCCACCUGCUGUAAUAAAUGGGGCUGUUGUUGAUGGGGUGUUGGAAAACUACACAACGGGAUCCUCGGUGGAAUAUAGGUGCAAUGAAUAUUAUUUACUGAAGGGAGAAAAAAUAUCUCACUGUGAACAAGGAAAAUGGUCACCUCCACCUGUUUGCUUAGAGCCAUGUACUGUUAAUGUGGAUUACAUGAACAGAAAUAACAUAGAGAUGAAGUGGAAAUAUGAAGGAAAGGUUCUACAUGGAGAUUUAAUAGAUUUUGUAUGUAAACAAGGAUAUGACUUAUCUCCAUCAACCCCAGUGUCUGAAUUAUCUGUGCAGUGCAAUAGAGGAGAAGUAAAAUAUCCUUUAUGUUUUAGAAAAGAACACAAAGGAAUGUGUGCAUCUCCUCCACUUAUUAAAAAUGGAGUCACUGUUAGUUCAACAGGAGGCACCUAUGAAAAUGGUUCCUCAGUAGAGUACAAAUGUUUUGAUCACCAUUUCCUGCAAGGGUCUAGGGAGUCCUAUUGUUUAGAGGGAGUGUGGACUACACCGCCAUUGUGUUUAGAGCCUUGCACAUUAUCUUUUGUUGAAAUGGAAAAGAAUAAUUUACUGCUGAAAUGGAAUUUUGACAAUAGACCGUAUAUUCUUCAUGGCGAGUAUAUUGAUUUUCUUUGUAGGAGAGAUACAUAUAUAGUUGAGUUACCUAUUAUUAGAUCUGAAUCUAGAGUGCAAUGUGACAGAGGGCAGUUAAACUAUCCAAGAUGUUUUCAAAGAGAAAGCAUACUGUCUUAUCAAGAACGCUUAAGGACAUAA